UAUAUAAAGCCUGACAUAGAUUAGGAACCAGCAGUUGCUGGUCUUUAGCAUACAGGUUUUACAAACAGAGGAGUGGAACACAUUGAACGACACAAUUAAUCAUGUCUCAUGCUUGGGGUUAUGGAGCACAAGACGGGCCAGAUAAGUGGGCAGAAAGCUUUCCCAUUGCAAACGGACCCAGGCAGUCUCCCAUUGAUAUCGUACCCACCCAAGCACAACAUGACCCUGCUCUGAAGCAUCUCAAAUUGAAGUAUGACCCCGCCACCGCUAAGGGCAUCCUCAACAAUGGCCAUUCAUUCCAAGUGGACUUUACUGAUGACGACAACAGCUCAACUCUGGCUGGAGGUCCCGUGACAGGGAUAUACAGGUUGAGACAGUUCCAUUUCCAUUGGGGAAGCAGUGAUGACAAGGGAUCAGAGCACACUAUUGCUGGAACCAGGUUCCCCUGUGAGCUUCAUCUCGUUCACUGGAACACCAAGUACCCAAACUUUGGUGAAGCUGCCAGUAAGCCUGAUGGCCUUGCUGUGGUUGGCGUUUUUCUCAAGAUUGGUUCUGCCAAUCCAAGACUUCAGAAAGUUAUAGAUGCUCUUGAUGACAUCAGAUCAAAGGGCAGACAGACUACAUUUAGCAACUUUGAUCCUAAGACCUUGCUGCCCGCCGCUCUGGAUUUCUGGACUUACGAGGGGUCUCUGACCACACCUCCUCUUCUGGAGAGUGUCACCUGGAUCGUUUUGAAAGACCCAAUCAGUGUUAGUCCUACUCAGAUGGCUAAGUUCCGUAGCCUGUUGUUCACAUCUGAAGGAGAGGCACCUUGUUGCAUGGUUGACAACUUCAGACCCCCUCAACCUCUCAAGGGACGCAAAGUCCGUGCAUCCUUCAAGUAAACAGCAUUAUUGAUGCCACAACCCUCCCACUGCCUUCGGAUCAUGGUGCUUUUAACUGGUUCGCAAAAACAUUCCCAGUGAAAUAUCCCAAUCCAGACCCUUGCUUACAUUGCAGUGUUGAUAACACGAAAUCUGGAUCUGAUCUUCUAAAACUGUCCAUUUUUGUCAUGAAUGCUUAUUAUUAUUUAACAUGAGAAAUAUUAUUAAAAUGCUUAUAUACUCAGUGCUUAAUAGCAAUGGCAGCCCCAGCUGUAGAAACAGUGGUUUGUUACCUACAUUUCCUUGCAGAUUUAUAUAAACUGAACAAAUGGGAAACUAUUUAACUUCCUAAUUAUUCCAGUCCAUCUUUGAUUGCUCCACUUCAUGCUUUUUUUCUAGCUAUGCAGACCUGCGCUAUACUCCCAUGUUAUUCAAUAGGAAAGAAGACAUCAUGGUUCUUUUUGUGUUUAUGGCAAUGGAUGAAUUUCAGUU